CCUGAUGCCUGUACUCGGCCUGAAGCCUGUACUCGGCCUGAUGCCUUACAUGAUGAACUGAUCCAGCUGAACGAUCUAUUAGGCCAGUUGACUCGAUGCCCGCUGUUGAUCCAGAUGAUCCGGUACCUGAUCCGGUGCCCGCUGUCGUGCCAAUUGACUCAGAGCCCGCUGUCGUAACCUGGUGACUUCGGUGCCCACUGCCUUGCCAGAUGACGCUGGUGGCCCGCUGGCAAGCAAAAUGACCUGAUGCCUGGUGGAACCUAGUGUCCCGCUGUCAUACCUGAUGACCCGAUGCCCGCUGUCGAGCCAGACAAUCCUGGUACCUGAUGACCCGGUGCCCACUGUCGUGCCUGUUGA